AUGUUGCAAAGAGCUGUAUUAAUAUUUUGCCCAUUAUGUGAAUUGGAGUUUGAACCAAAACUAACAAAAACAAAUAUUUGUCCAAAUUGUUUGAUUGCAUAAAUGAAUAUCACCUAGGAUAUCGAUAAUGAUAAAGAAAUACUGUUAUGCAGAAAUUGUAGAAGAUAUCAAAGACCUCCUUGGGUUCUUUGCGAAAGAGAUUCGAAAGAAUUGCUUGCUAUCUGCUUAAAGAAGGUAAUAGGAUUGCAGGAAAAGACAAUAAUAGACACGAAAUUUAUUUUUACAGAGCCAAGCACUAAAUAAAUCAAAUUAUAGAUCACAGUAUAAAAAGAAGCUAUGAAUGGAACGUGCAUUUAGGAUUCAAAAAUUUUAAAUUUUGAGGAGGUUUACCAUUAAUGCGAAGAUUGCAAGAGAGAAUUUACCCCUCAUAUUUGGGGAGCUUGCAUUCAAUUAAGAUAACGAGUAAAUCAUAAGAAGUCAUUCUAUUAUUUGGAGCAACUAAUUUUGCAACAUCAUAUGAAUUAGUAAAUGUUAAAGGUGGAAUCAGCAGAUGAUGGAAUGAAUUUUUACUUUAAGCAAAAAAAUCAAGCACUUCACAUGUUAGAAUUUAUUAGAUCAUAUCUACCAAUAUAGGUAAAGGAAUCAAAAGAAGUGUAUUCGUUUAUUAAAUAUACAUUUGUGGUGGAUGUGCCAAGAAUAUGCAAAGAUGAUUUAGUGAUUUUACCACAUAAACUAUGUCAUCAAUUAGGAGGAAUUAACAGAAUUUAGAUAUGUUAUAGAGUUGCUAGUUCAAUACAAUUAAUUGAUCCAACUAAAUUAAAAGUUUGUGAAAUCUCAGCUGAAUAAUAUUUCAAACAUGAUUUAGAUAUUAGAACUAUGCCUUUGAGGGAUAAUUGUGAUGAAUUUACAAUUUUAGACGUAGAAAAAAUCAAACCUUCAAAAAAUGAUCAAAACCAUCCCUUUUUAAAUAGUCUUUGCACAGUCGAACUCAUGAAAGAUAAUGAUUCUGAUUAUAAUCAAUACUAAGUCAAAUCGCAUUUAGGUAAUUUUUUGUCAGCAGGAAUGACUGUUUAAGGAUUCGAUUUAAAUAAGUAUAAUAAUGAAUUAGAUGAAAUUUAUGACAAGCCAGAGAUAAUUAUUAUAAGGAGAAAACCAGAGAAAAACAAAAAGAGAAAGACUCAAUUGAAAAGAUUAGAUAUAGAAGAAAAUUAAGAGAAGAAAAAUAAGAAAAAGGAAGGGUUGGAAGAAUAACAAAUAGAGGAAUUCUUGGAAGAUAUCGAACAAGAUUAACAUCUCCAAGAGACCUUGAAUUUACAAUAAAUAUAAACCCAAUAGUGA